AUGCAAUUUACUUGCGUUAUAUGUGCAGAAGUGCACAGUGAAACGCAAAUUAAAAAGCUGUUGGAUGUUGCGACAAUAUUCUAUAAGCUAACAUCAUUGGAGGUUACCCAAUUAGACGAUAUUCAAUCAUUAAUUAUUUGUAACGGAUGCAAUCAGCAGCUGUUGGAUUUUGAUAAAUUCCGAACGCUCUGUUUGGCAGCUCACGAAAAGCUUACGCAGGAUCGUAAAGAAACGUUACAAGAAUGCACUAAUAACAGCGACGAAAUAUAUGAUGAGGAAGACACUGUUUAUGAGGAAGAUAAUAAAGGCUAUGGAUCUGCUGAAAUUGAACCACUAGAGGAAAAACGAGUGGAAGAAAUAAUCUCUUUAAACAGUAUUACGCUGGAAAACGUAUCAGUUGAUGGAAACGAUGAUAGUAUUGGGGUGAAAGAUGAAACCUUUGAGGCUGCCGAUCAAACCAUUUCCACGGAAGACGAUACCAAAAAUGAAGAUAGCGAAGAAAAACGAUCGCCUACCAAGCGUAUCGAAUUAAAAUGCCAUGUGUGUGACCAAAGGUUUCGGUCCCAGAAUCGUUUGGACGGUCACAUACGGGUGCACCAGGGUUUGAAGCCCGCGUUAUGUAAGAUUUGUGGAAAGGAUUUUUCCGACUGGAGAAACCUGAAAAGACACAAUGCAGAAAAACAUUUGAUGCUUGAUCGUGGCAACUUUCGAUGUGAUUAUGAAGGUUGCAACCUAUCGUUCACCACUGGCAAGGGGUUUAAGAACCACAAGAAGAAGCACGAUCCGAAUUAUGUAAGACCCGUGCCGAAGAAAUGUAUUUGCGAAAUGUGUGGUAAAACAUUUUCCUCUCAGGGAGCAUUGAAGAAACAUGCAUACAUUCACACGGGCGGUAUGCCGUUUCAUUGUGAGAAAUGCAACAAAAGUUAUCCUACCACGUACAAACUGAAGGUGCAUAUGAUGCGACAUCAGGGUAUCAAGAAUUACGAAUGUUCUUACUGUGGGUUGAAAAAAACCACUUCCGACGAACUGAAAAUGCACAUGAACUAUCACACGAAGGAGAAAAUCCAUACCUGCAACUAUUGUGGACAAAAGUUUUUAACUUCAGGCAAUUUUGCGAGACACAUAAAACUUGUACACCGUGGCAUUAAGGAAUUUAAGUGUACGUACUGCGAACGAACGUUCGGUAAGGCGGAAACGUUAAAGAAUCAUGUCAUGACACAUACCGGUGAAAAGCCAUAUAAAUGUUCCGUGUGUUCGAAACAGUUCAUUCAAUCGUAUGCAUUCCAAACACACGUCAAAACUCACGAUAAACAGAAGAGGGGGAAAUCUGGCGGAGCAGCAACCAGUGGAAUCGUCGAAGCCACGGGGUCCACAGACCCACAGUGA